GAAAUAUGACUCCAAACGGUCACCACAAACGUGGCAUGGAUCAGCUCAUUCUAUUCGCAGCUCCUCACAAUCUAGAGUUCCCUCAACUUCAAAAAAACCCACGAAUAACAACAGAACUGCCUUUGAAACCUCCAGAACACCGAACAGUAUCAAAUCUGGUUUGGGGAGACACCGCCAUGAGGAACGCAGCUCUUCUCCUUCCGGCAAGAGGUUUUCUAACAGCGCACGGUGCCCCUCUCCUGCCCUUCAGAUACCAAUGCAUCUGCAUACCUCAUCUCAAAGCUCUAUGGAGUCUUCAGAGUAUAGCCACGUCUCUGCGGGUUCCACAGGGCGGGACAAGGAAGAAUACAUCAUGAUGGCUGAUCUGCCCAAGGUCAAAAUGAUACAUCCCAGAGAAGGGGCAGGCACUGUGGGCAAGUCACAAAGCCAGCAGCCUGUUCGGAGACAGGAGCUCUUUAAACCAGCCAGCCACUCACUGAGCAAACAUCCGUCCACAGACUGGGAAGAUACUGGAGACACAGAGAGAGACUGGCCUCAUGGUGGUUAUCUGUCUCGAGCACAAUCCUACACCUCAUUACAGAGAUCAGGCAGUCCCACGGCAGACGAGGGCAGCUCUUGGAAAAACAGUCAUCACAGAUCAGAUCAAAUGCAGCCUGACCUGUUGAACUUCAAAAAGGGAUGGAUGUCAAAACUGGACAACAGUGGGGAGUGGAAGAAGCACUGGUUUGUUCUGACUGACGCUGGCCUGAAGUAUUACAGAGAUUUGACUGCAGAGGAGAAAGAUGACUUGGAUGGGGAGAUUGACCUGAAGUCCUGCAUUAAAGUGUCUGAGUUUAACGUGGAGAAGAAUUACGGCUUUCAGAUCCAGACUCGGGAAGCUGUAUUCACGCUGUCUGCCAUGACAGCUGGAAUCAGGAGAAACUGGAUAGAAGUUUUAAAGAAAUGCAUUCAGCCCAGCAGCUCUCCGGACCUCACACGAUUACCAGACAACAGCAGCGACAAGGAAAACUCCCACACUCACGUCCCACUCUCUUCCCGCCAUGCCGAGUCUCCGUCAGCCGUCUCCACACCCUCCCUGACUCAGCACAGGUUUGAUUACGUGGAGCUGUCUCCCGUUCUCGCCUCCUCAAGCCCCCUUCCAGCCAGCCAGCGGGGAGCAGGAGAAGGCCAUGUGAGGGAGCAGAGCCGCUGGCAGGAGGAGGUGAACAUGAGCAGCCAGUGGGAGGCCGUCCUGUCCAGGAAGGCCAGCGGUAAGGGCGCGAACCCAAGACUGCGUUUGGAGGAAGAAAUUGAGAGAAAGUGGGCGGAGUUGGAGCGAAUGCCAUUAAAGGAGGUGAGCUCCUUGCCACCGCAUGGAUCACGACCUUCUGGCCAAACUGCCAACGAGGCGCUGCAGAGGGAGGUAGUGGCGUCACUGAGGCAACAGCUGGGGCAACUACAACAGGAAGGGGGAGGGGGCGACAGCCUAUGGGGCGGCUGUGGCCCAAAGGCGCCUUGCAGCCGCAGCCUGGCAGCCAUGGAGCGGGCUCACCAGCAGGCACUGGAGGAGCUUCAGAAGCAGCACGAACGCCAGAUCAGAGAGAUGGAACACGAGAAAGAGAGGCUGCUGCUGGAGGAGAUGCAUGACACGGCAAGGGUGAUGGAGGCUUUGAAGAAGAAACACAAAGAGGAUCUGGAGAAAGCGGUGGAGAGGCUGAGCGCUGGACUGGACUUGCAGGCCUCACAAGAGCAACAACAAGCUGAAACUCAGGCCAUGAAGAGAGAGCUGGACGGUUUGUCUGAACGCUACUCUCAGAAGUGUUUAGAGCUGAUCCGAGCUGAGCAGAUCAACGCCGACCGAGAACGCGAGGUCAGCCGUAAAGAGAGGGACAUGGAGCAACUGAGGAAGGAGAACCUGGACCUGAAGGCUCGUUUAAAAGAGGAGAUGAUGCGAGCGCGAUCCACCCGCACGGAUCAGGGCUCUGACGACGCCAAAGACCGGAUAGCCUGUGAACUGCAGGUUGUCCUCAGGAUGAAAGACAAUGAGGUUCAGUACUUGCAGAAAGAAAUGUGCUGCCUCAGGAACGAGUUGCAGUUCCUAAGCAAGGAAAAGCAGUUGGCCUGUGAGCGAUUGGCCGAGGCAAACGUGGAGCUGAGUGCAGUGAAAGUCCGAACGGAGCGAGAGAUUCAGAAUCUGAAAGAGCACUUGAGGCUGGCCAUGUUGGCUCUGCAGGAGGGCCAAAAGCUGGGGAACAGCCUGGAUCACUGAGAGGCUCCUGCUGGUACCGAAGCUCGCACAGGCAAAGUGACAGACGUGGAUUGAUGCAGAUCAGACAUUGGAAGGGCAUCCAAUGUCCGCCAAAACUUAACUCCAAGUCCCCUUAAAGAUUUGGAUGUUUUUUUCUUUUCACUUUUUAAUGUUUUUUUCUUAAUCUGUCACCAAGUUACCUGUAUAAAGAAAGGAUGCAGGAAAAAAGGAGAUGGAUGUCUUCAGCUGUGUCAGGAGUUUAACUUUCAGUUAUUCUGCCAAGGAGGAGCUAUUACUGGCAGAUGGUUUCAUUACACUGGGCCACAUAGUAUAAAUCAAUAUAUGGAAAAGUGCACUUUUCAUUUUUUAUUUUUACUUUUGAAAGUACAAGCUUGUAAAAGAGUGCAUUCAGUCUACUAUUUGUCAAGGGCUAUAUUUUGUAGAUGGAGUUUAUAUGAUAUCAACCUUUGUAGUUGAUAUACUUUUUAUGCCACUGUAUGUUCCCUGAGACAGCAGGGUUCAGAUGCUGUCAUCAUGUUUACGUUGAAAACGGCACACAUUUGUCACAAAAAAGGCUUAUUUACUGUAAUUCCUUUGGACUUCUGUUUGUGAACGCAAGAUCCUGGAAUCAUCACGAUUAAAAUGUGACAAAAUAGGAGGAUUUUGUAAUCCCGGCAGGCUGCACGGAUCUAUGUAUAUGUGUAGACACGGUUUCAGAUGGAGCUUUCAUCAGGGAUGCACGCACAAACUGUUGUUACAUGAUGUUUGUAUGUUCAUGCUUCCCAUCUCUCCUGAUCAUUCUCGGCAUCGUCUGCCGCCACAGCAAAUGACAGGUGUUGCAUAAUGAGCCAGUUUUUUUAUAUAAAAGUUUAAGUUUUGUGAAAAUAGCUUUAUGUGUUUUGAAAAUAUAUUUAAUGUACUAUACAGACUGUAUGGUCUUUGUAAAUUAUACUCAUUUUUGCAAUCAAUAAAGUAACCUGAGUAGAAA